UAUAUUAGCCGGUUUUGUUCUGGAAUCUUCUUUGAUAUUUACAAACACGAACUCUAUACUGUUUGUUUCCCGAGAAAAUUUUCUUUUCUUUUCUUUUCAAAACGAAAUAGAAUCUUUCAGUAAGGAAACUUUCCUGCGUCUAACUUUUGGCUGCUUUUGAAAAGAGUGAUAAUCGAUCAACUUUAAUUGUGAUCUUCAAUUUCUAAUUGAGUAAUGGAGGAUUCUGAAGAGCAGAAGCAAAGUCAACCGAUUGGUGAGGAUGAUGAAAAUGAAAUAGUUGCUGAAAGUGCUGCUUUUGUUCAUGGUGAUCCUCCUCAAAACGGUGAUGGUCCCCCAAAAGUCGAUUCUGAGGUGGAAGUCCUCCAUGAGAAAGUCACGAAACAAAUUAUCAAGGACGGACAUGAUCAGAAACCAUCAAAAUAUUCAACUUGCUUCUUGCACUACAGAGCAUGGACUGAAAGCACCCAGCACAAGUUCGAUGAUACAUGGCUCGAGCAACGGCCCACUGAAAUGGUUAUAGGAAAAGAAAAGAAAGAAAUGACGGGUUUAGCUAUUGGUGUAUCUAGUAUGAAGGCUGGUGAACGAGCCCUCUUACACGUGGGCUGGGAACUUGGUUAUGGGAAAGAAGGAAACUUUUCUUUUCCAAAUGUUCCACCCAUGGCUGAUAUAAUUUAUGAGGUUGAACUUAUUGGGUUUGAUGAAACCAAAGAAGGAAAAUCUCGUGGCGAGAUGACUGUGGAAGAGAGGAUUGGAGCAGCAGAUAGAAGAAAGAUGGAUGGGAAUGCUUUAUUUAAAGAGGAAAAACUUGAGGAGGCCAUGCAACAAUAUGAAAUGGCUGUAGCAUAUAUGGGAGAUGACUUCAUGUUCCAACUGUUUGGCAAAUAUCGGGACAUGGCAUUGGCAGUUAAAAAUCCAUGCCACCUUAACAUGGCCGCAUGUUUGAUAAAGCUUAAGCGCUAUGAUGAAGCCAUCGGGCAAUGCAGUGUUGUUUUAACAGAGGAUGAAAACAAUGCAAAAGCAUUAUUCAGAAGGGGAAAGGCCAGACAAGAACUUGGGCAAACAGAUGCUGCCCGUGAAGACUUUUUGAAGGCGCGAAAAUAUGCACCCGAAGACAAGGCGAUAGUGAGGGAGCUGCGAUUGCUUGAUCAACAUGACAAAGCUGUAUAUCAAAAACAAAAGGAAAUAUACAAAGGAAUUUUCGGACCUCCUCCACAGCCAAAACCCAAGACUAAUAUGGUGAUUCUCAUUUGGCAAUGGCUGCUGUCUCUAAUAUACCGCCUUUUUAAGCGUGAAAGGCGCAAAAGUGACUGAGUAAUGAAAGAUCAACUCGGCAAAGAAAUGAUAAUCUUCAUCAAGCAAAAUGUAAACCCACGGAAAGAAAAAGCAGGUAACUGGUGGACUAACUUUCAAAGGAGUCAAUGAUCCCUAUUGUUCAUGUCGCGUGGAAUUUCGACUGGAUAUGGAUGAACUUUCAUGGUUGUGCAGAAAACUUGGCGCAGUUUCUAAUUUAUGACUAUAAACUGAUUGUUUUGUGGAUUCAAUCAGUUAGAAAAAAUCAUACGAUUCAUUCCUGCCCUUAUCCAGAUCAAAAUAAUAUAUCUUGGUUCAUAUUA